AUGGCUAGUGAAUUUGGAUUUAUGAGACGUCGAUCGUCUGUGUACCAACAGCGACGUCUCUCCUUCCAAUAUGAGAACAAUUCUUGGAGUGCACCUCCUUCUGGAACCGUAUAUGGCGGCGUCUCAGUCUUGUUUGCGGACGAUGGGAGUGUAACAGUCGCCGUUGCCAUUCGUGAUGUGACCUAUCUCCUGGAAUUUGUCCAGCAACACCUGAAGCCGAAAAAAGACCAGUCGCUUAGUUCGGCGAUAGCGGACUUCGUUCUGGACCAGUUGCGCCAGUUUAGUGAAAAGCAUAUGGAGAAAUUUAUGGGCCUGGCAAUGCCCCAGCAUCUAGCACAAUCCUGCCCGGACUUUUGCUCGCGCUUGUGGGCGGAGCUCGACAUCCUUCCAUUGGUGCUACCGGAGGAAAGCAGAAGGGAAGAAGAUGAUAAGUUUACCUUUGGCCUACCUGAUAGUAUGACUUGGAAGGUCCGGGGCACCGAUGAGCAAGCCGAAUCCAUGGGGCGCAAACUUUUUGGACCGGAGAAUAUUCCGCUACUACAGGUUGGUUUCUUAGGUUUGGUGGAGGUGGACACUGCCUUCCAUGUACGCCUCACAAACCUCAAUGAUUUCCGGAAGACUGUUACUCCAAAGACGUGGAAUGCUGUCCAACAUUAUGCCACUGAUCUCAAAGAAAGGAAAGUCAAGAUCGCCUUUUUCAGUGCCACCCCUCAAGGCGGCGGGGUGGCUUUAAUGAGACAUGCCCUGAUGCGAUUCUCCCACUCGUUGGGCACGGAUAUUUCAUGGUAUGUGCCUAAACCACGACCGGGGGUUUUUCGUGUAACCAAAACCAACCACAACAUCCUACAAGGCGUUUCACAUAUCGAUGAACGACUUAUCGAGGAGAAUUGGCGGCAGCACCCUUCACAAGGAGGCGCGGACGUGGUGAUUGUUGAUGACCCGCAGAUGCCGGCGUUGAUCCCCAUUGCCAAAAGGAUGGCGCCAGAUAGGCCGGUUAUUUUCCGAUGUCAUCUCCAUAUUCGCAGUGAUUUAAUCUCUCAGCCGGGCACUCCACAGGAGGAAGCCUGGAAGCGGAUCUGGAAGACUAUCAAGUCUGCGGACAUCUACAUCAGCCACCCCAUCAGGACAUUCGUUCCACAUAAUGUGCCUCAAGAGAAAGUAGGUUAUAUGCCGGCUUCAACGGAUUGGCUGGAUGGCCUGAACAAACACAUGCGAGACUGGGAUGUUGCCUUCUAUGGACGGGUGUUCAAUUCUCUCUGCAGAAAUUCCGGCAUGCCAACCAUCGACUAUCCAAAAGAUCAGUACAUCACACAGAUCGCCCGGUUCGACCCAUCCAAAGGAAUCCCUGAAGUAGUGGAGUCAUACGUAAAGUUCCAUGAACGAUUUACGGCCUCAGUGCAUGAUAAGCAGCCACCUAAACUCCUGAUUUGUGGACAUGGCUCUGUUGAUGAUCCGGAUGGCUCCGUCAUUUACGACGCUGUCGUAACUCACAUUGAAGAGAACCUCCCACAUCUCGCGGAUCAGAUAUGCAUCGCCAGACUGGGAGCCUCGGACCAGCUGCUGAACGCACUGCUUUCGAAGGCCAAAGUGGCGCUGCAGCUAUCCACGCAUGAAGGAUUCGAGGUGAAAGUUUCCGAGGCCAUCCACAAGGGAGUGCCGGUGAUUGUAACUCGGGCGGGAGGCAUUCCCCUGCAGGUUACCGACAAGGAGAACGGAUUCCUAGUGGAUGUAGGGGACACGGACAGCGUGGCGCAGCAUCUCUAUGACCUGUGCACCGAUGAUGAGCUGUACGACCGGAUGAGUCGUUUCGCGCUGAAGAAUGUGUGUGACGAGGUCAGCACGGUCGGUAACGCGUUGAACUGGCUCUAUCUGGCAUCCAAGCUGUCCAAAUUCGAGGAGGUCAAGCCGAAUGGUCGGUGGAUCAACGACAUGGCUCGUAAUGAGGCCGGACAGCCGUACACGGAGGGCGAAAGUAAGCUGAAGAGGGUGAUUGACCCGGAGAAGAUGGGAUAA